AUGGGUACACGAAUGUCAUUUGCAAAUUCUAGACUUGGAGUAUACGAACCUGGGAUGUUUAAGAUCGAACCGAUAUCGGACGCGCGGGGAAGAGUCAUCCAUCUACCUCUCUCCAUUCACAUUCACCCACACGUCCACCCAUUCCACACCGCAUCACAUCACAUCACAUCACAUCCAAAACCACACGGCAAAACGGCUCACGGCAAGCCAGAAGCAGAAGCAGAAGCAGAAGCAGAAGCAGAAGCAGAACAAAAUCUAGCUUUCCAGGUUCGCUCUAGGCCUCCCCCACACAGACUCAUCCGUACCUUGAUGGUGUGGUGUGGUGCGGUACUGGUACUCCGUGAGUCUCCAUCUACGAAGCGAACUCCGUGUCGGUGUUCAAGUGUCGGUGUUGAGACCGAGUAG